AAUUAUUGCAUAAGACAAAAAGAAAUUUACUCAAGGUUCCCACUAAAAAGGAACAAAGGGGAGGACAACUAUUCCCUGUGUCUGGUUGACUGUGGCAGAAAUCCACGCGCCGCCGUCUUAGUCGGAAGUAAUGGAAGGGUUGGCAGUUGCAUGGGGAAUGCUGAUAGGCUCCGUUAUUGGGUUCUUACUGGCAGUGUCCGUAGUGAUUGGAGCUCUCGUCUGCCUCAAAUGCCGGACAAACCUCCGUACGGGUACGAGUGUGUCAGCGUCGCAGAGGAUCACAGCCGCCAGCGCCGCCGAGUCGGACUCCAACCUCGGCCAAGACUCACCGCGAAGUUCGGAGUGGAGCAACAUGUCCAUGUGGCUCGAGGCCCUUAAGAAAAAGACCGUCGUCUCCGCUUGUGGUAUACCCAAGUAUAAUUACGGAGACAUAAAGAAAGCGACGUGUGACUUCACGACGGCUAUUGGGCAAGGGGCGUUUGGACCUGUUUACAAGGCCCAAAUGAGCACCGGCGACACUUUUGCUGUUAAAGUUCUUGCUGCGGAUUCCAGGCAAGGCCAGCAUGAGUUUUUAGCUGAGGUUUUGUUACUUGCAAGAUUACACCACAACAACCUUGUGAACUUGAUGGGAUAUGCUGCCGAAAUGGAGCAGCUUAUGCUUCUUUAUAAUUACAUGAGCAAUGGCAGUCUUGAUUCUCAUUUACAUGAUGAUAAUCAGGUGCCAUUGAGCUGGGAUUUGAGGGUUGCAAUAGCUCUUGAUGUUGCAAGGGGAUUGGAAUACCUACAUUAUGGGGUACACUUUCGUGCUGUUCCUCCUGUUGUGCACCGCGACAUCAAGUCUUCCAACAUACUGUUGGACCAGUCAAUGAAGGCUAAGGUUGCUGAUUUCGGGCUUUCAAGACAUGACAAGAUUAAAUCACGUUCAUCUGAUAUCAGGGGAACUUUUGGAUAUGUUGAUCCUGAGUAUGUGGUUACAAGAAUCUUUACCAAGAAAUGUGAUGUUUAUAGUUUUGGUGUACUGCUCUUUGAACUAAUUACAGGCAGGAAUCCACAGCAAGGUCUCAUGGAAUAUGUGGAAUUUGCCACAGUGGACGCGGCAGGUAAACUUGGGUGGGAAGAGAUUGCGGACAUUCGUCUUAAUGGAGAAUUUGAUAUACAAGAACUAGCUCAGGUUGCUGAUCUUGCUUACAGAUGUGUUAGUGAUGUCUCCAGAAAACGGCCUUCUAUGAGGAACAUAGUGCAGACAUUAUCAGGCAUUUUGAUGAAGAGACGUAGCGCAAAGAAACCCCAGCAAACCCCAACUACAGCAGCUGAAGAAACUUACAUUGAAAUAGAUCUUAUAGAGAAGCAGGAUGCUUUAAUUGAACGCUGAGGAGAGAUAAGUAGACAGCAAACUCAUACACCGGAGCAUCGAACUUGUAGAUCAACCUUUAUAUUUCACUUCCCUUUCUCUCCUUUGAGUAUUUCAGGGGAGCAGCAUUCAGACUGGAACUAUGAGGCUCACUUGAUUCCAUUCAAUCAGUUUCUUUUGUUCAUAGUA